AAGUGCAGACAAGUCCAACAACCAUCACUUUCUUCGCAAACACAAAACAAAACGAGCUUUGAAGAGCGAGAUUGGAGAGCUAGAAGAGAGAACAGUUUUCAGGAUUCUGAUUUCAAUCGGAUUUAGCUUCUAAAAUCUCAAUCUUAAUCUGUUUUUUGAGGGAGCAAUCAUGGAAGAUUCGUCCUCUCAAUCCUUCUUCAGGAAGCACUGGGAAGGCUACAAGGAGUUUUGGUCCGAGAGAUUCUCAAUUCUCGACAACUAUAGCCCCUACGUCCAGCGCCCGACCCCUCUUCCUUCAUGGUCUUCCUCCGAUGUCGAGGAAUUUAUUGCUUCUGACCCCGUUCAUGGCCCCGUUUUAAAGACUGCCAGAGAGGCUGUAAACUUUGGUCUCACAGGAAGUGUUAUUGGAGCUGUAUCGACUGCAGGUGUUGCAUGGAAAUACUCAAAAAGUUUACAUGGUGCUGGGUUGUCGUUCCUUGCGGGAGGUGCAUUCGGUUGGACUUUUGGCCAAGAGAUAGCAAAUCAUUGGUAUCAACUCUACAGGCUGGACACAAUGGCUGCACAAGUUAAGUUUAUGGAGUGGUGGAGAAACAAGAGUGAGGGAAGUUCUUAAGACUCUGAUUUGCAGUUGAAGCAGCGGAGCGCACACACUGCAGCUGCAUCUAAAAUAAAAAUGUAAGUGCAACCUUGUUGAAAUACAAUGGUCGAUUGGUUUGUGUUGUGAUGAACUCUUCUUCCAACCUUUCAAGUUUAGAAAAGUACUGUCUCCUUUUUUA